CUGGAUGGAGUCACAUGGGUGGCUUGGGCCUCAGAGCGAGGACGGGCCGGGCUCGCAUUUACGGGAAGGAAACUCCCACUUUCUGACCUGUGGAAAGUGAAACCGCUGUGUGCAGAAGCCAUGGCUGCUGCCCCCGAGAGCACCGUCCUGGCUCUCAGCGAGGAAUCCACUUGCUCCAUCUGCCUGGAUUUUUUCAGGGAUCCCGUGAUCAUUACAGAAUGUGGGCACAAUUUCUGCCGAGCCUGCCUGAGCCAGAGCGGGGGGGAAUCAGAUGCACAGGCCUCCUGCCCCCAGUGCAGGGGGACCUUCCAGAAGAGGAACCUCCGGCCCAAUCGGCAGCUGGCCAGGAUUGUGGAAAUCGCCAGAAAAUCAAGGGAAGAGGCCGUCAAAGGUGCUGAAGGGAAGGUGCAACUCUGUGAGAAGCACUGGGAGCCCCAGAAACUCUUCUGCAAGGACCAUGAAGCCCCCAUCUGCGUGGUGUGUGACAGAGCCAAGGAGCACAAGGAUCACCAGGUGGUUCCCCUGGAGGAGGCGUCCCAGGAGUACCAGGAUCUGCUGCAGCGUCGCCUGGAGAGUCUGAGGGAUGAGAGAGGAAGGAUUUUGGCAUGUAAAGCAGAGGCAGAAAGGGAGAAGCAGGCGCUGCUGGAGCAAACAAAGGCAGAGUGGGAGGAGACGGUGGCUCAGUUCAGGCGCUUGCAUCAGUUCCUGGAAGAGCAAGAGAAGCGUCUCCUGGCCCGGGUGGACCAGCUGCAGGAGGAGAUUGCCAGGAAAGCGGAGGACCACCUGGCCUGCCUUUCCAAGGAACUCUCUUCCCUUGAAGGUAUCAUGCAGGAGGUGGAGGAGAAGAGCCGGCAGCCGGCCACUGAUCUCCUGCAGGUAGGAGGGGGCAGGAGCGCCCACAUCCCCCAAGGAGGAGACUCAGCCAGACGCUGCUCGCCUCUGCGUGUGUGGAGG